CUUUUCUCGUGCCGACGAUCUGGACAGUCAUCGCAUAUCUGUCACGUGAAGGACCUUACAUACACUCAUAAUGUCCAUCACUGUCUCGCUAGGCUCGAAUCGUGAGUUGUGAUUUUGUCCAUUGGACGGGACCCGUCGCAAGUAUCAAUUACGGAAUCGUCUAUCUAUGCACUUCUUGCUAGAUUUUUAUACUCGCAGGAUCCUGUUGCAGUGGCUGAUACUCAGCACUUGGGCUCGCAGGAAGACUACAUUUGAUCUGGUAUAGAGUGAAUAUACUCGUUAUGCAUUUUCCGGACCAGGGGUGAUAGAGUGUUUGAACCGAGCGGUGGUUGUGAUGGGAGACACACCGAGAAGCCCAUGAAUGUUGCGCGCUUGUUCUUUGAUGAACCCGUUGCUACUGGGCUAUCAGCAUCUGUUUUUGUUUACUGCCACGUGGACGGGGCGCCUCAAAUCCCCUGCGUACGGCGACGACGGCUUUGAUACCACACCAACUCGAGGAGUCGCAAUAGUGGGACGAAAACUUGGAAUGGAUGGGACGGAAUGGGACCGUCGUUAUUAUGAUGAUACUAUUCAUGAAUUCAGAUGGAAUGAACAAGUAGAUGUCAUGUAUAAGAGUCUCCCAGAGGUUGCCAUCUCUGCCUUUACCGAGACUCGUCAAGCAGAAUCGUCCAUUCCAGUGCCGAAACAACGGUCUUACGCCGGUAGAAGACCUGUUAUACCAUCCUCUCUCGCCGACACUCCCUGCGCAAGACUUGGCGUUACUGGACUUUUGGAGAAGCUCAUGACUAUCCUCGGCACAUCAUACGAAGAACCUUCCAUAUCCUCUCUUCUUGAAACCUACAUUGCCCGGGGCUACGACUUUGGAACUGCCUACGCCCGUCUCCGCCGAUUUUGGUACUUCGACCUGUCGAACAUCAGCGACGAGCUACGCACACGCGAGGCACGGGACGGGGGUAUGCGGAGAGACGUACUUGUGAACAACAAGAUUGUAUCCUAUCAUGUACCUGCCCGGCGUGUCUGGGAUCUUUACAGCAACAGGGUGGUAUCAUGGUCAGUCGCACACCAAUGGCCGUGGGGGAUAUCGCAUGCGUGGGUAGAAGAAGAGGGUCGUGCGGAUGUGAUGACGCCCAUUAAUGGCUAUGAAUGGCCUGUGCCCAUCCCGAAGGACGCGAAUCUCGACCUUAUCCGGAUCGAAAUGCUGAAUCUGGGUGCGGAGUACGUGUGGUUGGACGUUUUAUGCUUGAGGCAGGCAGGCGGGCAGAGGGAGGAUCUGCGCAUGGAGGAGUGGAAAGUGGAUGUACCCACUAUUGGAUAUGUAUAUCGGUGGGCCAAUCAGGUAGUGUGCUAUUUUAGCGGGCUGGGACGGCCUUUUCGCUUGAAGGGGGGCGAUUUGGAGAGUGAUCGGUGCUGGUUUAGGCGCGCAUGGACGUUGCAGGAGAUCAACAGGAAUCCGAUUAUUGGUGGGGAUACAGGCGACGACAAGGCCUUGGAAGAGGAGAUGCGAGCAAGGUUUGAGAAGGAGAUGUCUUCGUUGCGUGACAUGGAGAGCGAGGGAAAUGUGUUUGACGUGUUAGCCGAGAUGCAGAAGCGCAUUUCGACGAAUCCCGUCGAUAAAAUUUCAGGUUUGGUGUACCUUUUGUAUUUGCAGGUGAUACCGGCAUACAGUGAGACCCAGUCCCUUGAGGACGCGUGGACAGCGCUGGUGGGUGUGCUGUGGGAGCGGCGUCGGGCGGACUUGUUCUUCGGCUAUCCUAAUCCAGGGAAUGGAAGCAAAUAUUGGCGACCAUCGUGGAGACAGGUCAUGACUGAGGUGCUGCCGUCGCCUUGUCUUACGUGGCUAGGGCGGGUUGAGAGGAAAGAGGAGAUAAAUGCCGACUGGUAUGAGGGACCCUGCAUUGAAUCAGGUUAUGUGAGGCGAUUGGCCCAAGGUUCACUGGCGGGGAAGCGCCGAAUGGGAGAGUUGGUCGUCGAAGAUAAUACCGGGGUAAAACACACAUUCAAAGUCACCGCCGAGCACCAAUACUCUAUACCGGAAGGUCUAUAUACACUACUCGGCAGUCCUACUAUUGAUGGUCUCAAGCCUGUCCACGCUCAAAACUGGGUAGUCGGGCGAAGAGUUUCUGAAAAUAUGUUCCAGAAGAUGUCGGUGUUCGAGAUUCCUGACCCGGAGGAAGUGAAGAGGUUGUAUCACUUAGGUGUCGCUAUAGAGAUCAAUAUCUUUCUUGUUUGAUGUGCACAUAUCAUGACAAUUCCUCUAUAGAUAUAAUUUAG